AUGGUUUUCUUUCUGACCACUCUAGUUAAAUUCAGUGUCAGCGAUUUAACUAAAGGCCGUAUGAUAAGGCGAUCGAAGUUUAUGGACUUUAGCUUGGUGUACAACACAAUUCUACGGAUUUAUUUGAAGCAAAGUUUGAUGGAGUCGGAGUCAUGUUCCUGCUGUUUGUUUGCAUAUUCUCUUGUUCUUCAUGUGCUCUGUCCAGGGCAACUUGUUGUUGUAUUAUUGUCUCUCGAAGUCAAUUAUAUUGAAACAGAGUGUUUUCAGGCGAACGUCAUGGUCGAAUAUUCGCCUGAUCAGGCGAGGGAAUUUUUGAAGAAAGAACUAUGCUCGUGCAACAAGCGAUUGGAAGAAGUGGAAAGUAGCUGUCAGUUUCUCAAAGAUCAGUUGACUAUUACCGAAGUCAGUAUCCUUUUUACCAUUUCUGGCCGAUGA